AUGUCCGAAAGCAAAGGGGCAGAGGAGACCAAUCAACCUGUUGUCACCACGGAUCCCUCAAAUACCAUCAAAGUGACUGUGAAGACACUGAAGCAGAAGGAGCAGUUAGAGGUUGCUCAGAGCAGCACCAUCCAGAAGUUUAAAGAAGAAGUUGCCAAGCGUUUCAAAACGCUCCCUAAUUUGCUGGUCCUGAUAUUUGCUGGCAAAGUUCUCAAGGAUCAAGACACUUUGAGCCAGCAUGGAGUUCACAGUGGGGUCACCAUUUAUGUAGUCAUCAGGUCCCAACAGAGACCACAGGACAGCCCGGCAGACCAAGGAAGAGCGACCACUCUGCUGCAAACUCCCAGCCACAGUAAUUCCAACUUAUUCUCCUUGGGAAGCACAGCUGAUCUGCACCAGCCAUGCUUGAUGCAUCAUAACCUGCCUAGGCCAUUGAUCUCCAUCACCAUCAGCCAGGAAAUAGUGUCCGAGACCAUGGAGGAUAUCUUGUCAAAGAUCGUCACUUCAGGCCUGGAUUUGAACACCAUCAACAACAACGCAUUUCUGCUGGGGUUCCUCCUUGGGGUGACAGGUGCCUAUCUCCUAGGCCUGGACCAAACAGACAUGAUGGACUUGAUGAGUAGCAUUCAAGAACAAGACAUGCACAGCUUGAUAAGCGAGAUGGUGCAGAGCACUUUGGUGCAGAACAACCUUGACAGUGUCGAUCUCAUCAGGAAUUUCAUCAUGUCCAACCCUCAGAUGCAGCAGCUGGCUGAAGAAAAUCCCGAGAUCGGUCAGAUUCUCACCAACCCCCACACGAUCACAGAAAUAUUAGAGGCCUCCAACAAUCCUGCCGUAAUGCAAGAGAUGAUAAGGAACCGCGACGUGGCCAUGAACAACCUCGAAAGCAUCCCCGGUGGGUACAGUGCUCUGGAACAGCUGUACAGGGAAUUUGAGGAGCCAAUCUUGGAUGCUGUGCAGGCACAGCUGGGCAACAACCCGUUUGAUUGCUUGGAGAGUAACCCCACCCCGCAUGGAGGCAGGCUACCAGCCCAUACUGAAAACCGGAGGCCAUUACCCAACCCCUGGGCUCCGCAGUCCAACAGCGUCAGCGAUAACGCAGAUGACGAUGAUGACCAGUUUGCCAGCAGCAGUGAAGGCGACAAUUUUGCCUUGCCGAGUUUGGACCCUGCGGCAGGUGCAGCGAUACCCAACUCAGGGAAGGUUCGGACCCUGGUUCGGCAGAUAAUGGGAAACCCAGAACUUAUGCAAAACCUGGAGAGUGCAUUAACGAACCCCGACAGCCCAGCACAAAUACUGCUGAACGGCGCUCAGGUACCAAGCGAUGGAAAUGCUUCACCUCAAGGUCAGUGGCCACAGCAGCUGCCACCGGAGAUGGAGGACACUGAGAUUUCAUCCUUGCUGAGAAACCCCAGAGCCCUGCGAGCGUUGCUGCAGAUCCAUCUGGGAUUACAGACCCUCUCAAUAGAAGUAACAGAUUUUAUACCUGGUUUGGAGGACUCCCACGUGGAUCUGGAAAGCAUGGACGACUCGGCACAAAGCGGUGAGUCUGAGGAGGAUGCAAUUUUGAUGUCAGAUGAGGAUGAAGAAGAAAGUCAGAUGGUGAUGGGUGAUGAGGUGCCACAGACCAGAUUUAAGAGAGAAAUGGAGCAGCUCUUUGACAUGGGCUUCCAGGAUCAAAGCGCAAACUUGCAGGCACUGAUUGAUGCAGAAGGAGACAUCAGUGAAGCAGUGAAGAUACUGGCAAAAGGACCAUCAUCAAACAAGACGCCGUAA